GGCGCUGCGCUUCGCGGCCGGAAGUGGCCGUUGGAGCAGCUGGGUGAGGGCCUUACUGCGGCCGGUGCCGGCCUCUGCUCAGCCGCAUCCGUCCCUCCAUCCUUCUUUCGCCCGCCCCGUGCUUGCUUCCUGCCAUGCACCCGCGGCGCCCCGAGGGUUUCGACGGCCUGGGCUACCGCGGGGGCGCCCGGGAGGAGCUAGGCCCAGGCACAAGGCCCUUCAGCAGCGUCUCGGAUCUGGGCCACUGGGUGACCAGCCCGCCCGACAUCCCCGGCAGCCGCAACCUGCACUGGGGGGAGAAGACGCCGCCGUGCGGGGCCGGGAUCCCCCUGGGGGGCGCCAGCUUCAACGAGGAGCCCAGCCUCGGAGCGGGCGGCCCCGGCCCUGAGCAGUUGAACAGAUUUGCAGGUUUUGGCAUUGGCCUUGCAAGCCUGUUUACAGAAAAUGUACUCGCACAUCCUUGCAUUGUUCUACGUCGUCAGUGUCAGGUGAACUAUCAUGCUCGGAAUUACCAUCUCACUCCAUUUACUAUUGUCAAUAUUAUGUACAGUAUCAAUAAGACACAGGGUCCAAGAGCGCUCUGGAAAGGAAUGGGCAGCACUUUCAUUGUUCAGGGCAUAACCCUGGGAACAGAAGGCAUCAUCAGUGAAUUUACACCUUUACCACGGGAACUUUCUCAUAAAUGGAACCUCAAGCAGAUAGGUGGACACCUUCUACUCAAGGGUUUAACACAUGUGAUAGCAAUGCCUUUUUAUUCUGCAAGCCUGAUUGAAACUGUACAGAGUGAAAUAAUUCGAGAUAAUCCUGGUAUCCUGGACUGCGUGAAAGAAGGAAUUGGCAGAGUUGUGGGUAUGGGAGUACCACACAGCAAGCGUCUCCUUCCUCUUAUGGUCUUGACUUUCCCAACUGCUCUCCAUGGAGUUCUUCACUAUGUCAUCAGUUCCAUCAUCCAGAAGCUUGUUUUGUUUGUUCUGAAAAGGGGUAGUUCCCACAACCUUCCUACUGAGAGCUCCACUUCUGUGCAAAGCAUGCUGGAUGCAUAUUUUCCGGAACUUCUUGCUAGUUUUGCUGCUAGCCUUUGUGCUGAUGUCAUGCUUUACCCACUAGAGACGGUUUUACAUCGCCUUCAUAUUCAAGGUACACGCACAAUAAUUGACAAUACAGACCUGGGCUAUGAAGUGCUUCCGAUCAAUACGCAGUAUGAGGGAAUGAGAGACUGUGUAAAUACUAUAAAAAGAGAAGAAGGAAUGCUAGGCUUUUAUAAAGGGUUUGGAGCUGUUGUAGUACAGUAUACUUUACAUGUGGCAGUUUUACAGCUUACCAAAAUCAUUUACUCAACACUGCUUCAAAAUGUUUCUUAAUCUAUUCAGUUGUGGAUUUAGCAUGAUGGACAUGAUAGACUUAGGUAAUUGUUUAAAAUGGCUUACAAAAUUAAGUCAGAAGAAUCCCUUCUGGAUUCUUGUUUGUGCUAUAAAGAACUCGUUUUAAAAUUGGGGAUAUAGAUUCCAAAGUGU